AUGUCGGAUCACGAGGACUACGCGCCUGAAUCGCUCCCUGAAUCUCCUGUCUUAUCCCAGUCAGGGGAAGAGUUUGAUGAGCGUCCAUUCAAUGGUUUGUACAUCGAUAUGGCCCCAUUCGGGCUGGAGAAAAUCUGGGAUUACGAGCCUGGUGGUCAUCAUGUUGUUCAGCUUGGCGAUCAUCUAGGUCGAGAAGGUGAAUACCGAGUCAUCCACAAGCUAGGCAGUGGGGGAUUCGCCAACGUUUGGCUGUGUCAGAUCCUGCGCAAUGGGAUACCCCAUUAUGUGUCGCUAAAGAUUCUUAUGGCCGAUUACUCUAAAGACGACUGCCCGGAGCUUCGAGUGGAACGACUUCGAGCAGUCGGACCCGGACAGAAGCUUGCGGAAAAUGGCUCGACAAGCUACAGAGACUUCACGCCGUCAAACAUUCUCCUGAAAGUUGAGGGCCUGGACGGAUUAACAGAGGAUGAAGUACUCAAAAUCCUGGGAGAACCCGUUAAGGUAGAAGUUUUCACUGAGUCAGGGGAGACUCCCUCUGAUCCAACCGCGCCUAAAUAUCUCGUCCGCCCGGUCAAGUUUCGCAAUGUUCCGCUGCCGUACGUUGUAGAUGAGAUUCUUCUGAUCGACUUCGGGGAGUCUUACGAUGUCACAAACCCACCGGAGGAGCUUGGUGUCCCUGGGAGUUAUCGUCCCCCCGAGCUUGUCUUAGAGAAUACACCAGGAUUCGGAAGCGACCUCUGGGCACUCGGCUGCACCCUCUUCGAGAUACGAACAGGCAGAAAACUCUUCGACAUGUUUGACGACGAUGACGACUGUCACCUCUUUCACAUGGUUGAGAUGCUUGGCGCACUGCCAAAGCCGUGGUGGUCUGAGACUUGGAAGUAUAGAAAGGAGUUCUUCAAAGAUGAAACGGACUCACUUGGUCGAGCGGUCCUGGUUGACGCGUUGGCCAAGGAACAAUGGGACCUGUUGGUCGAGCGUCCGUCGAUAGAAUUGGCGCUACGACGAGGAUUGCAUUAUUGGGACUUGGGGCCAGGCGAAGAGAUUAGCAGAGAGAUUCCCCCGGAUGAGAUUGAACAAUUGGCGGACCUCUUGAAGAAGAUUUUACAAUAUGAGCCCAGCCAGCGGUUGACUGCGGCAGAGGUUCUAGAACAAGAAUGGUUUCGUCUUGAUGAGAAUUGA